AUGCUGCCUUCUGCACCCCCCCUUCGCCACAGCCUCCCUGGGAGGCCGAGGCCGGCGGCCUGCUGCCCCGACCUGAGGCGCCAGCUGGAGGAGUACCUGGGUCACGUAGAGGGCGCGGUGUCGGCCGAGGGCGCCCUCGACACCAAUGCUGCACUCGACGCCGACGAUUCCCUGGCCCUGGACCAGUCCUGCGUGGACCGGCACCCGCAGUGCGAGCUCUGGGCGGCAAAGGGCGAGUGCCGGGCCAACCCCGUCUACAUGAUCGGCAAGGGGGGCGCGGUGGCGCAGUGCGCGCGCGCCUGCGCGACCUGCACGCGCCCGGCCCCGUCCCUCCCCGCCUUCCUCCUCGGCGCGGCGGAGCCGGCGCGUGCGCAGGAGGCGGCGCGGGAGGCCGCGCGCCUCGGCCAGGCCUCCCUCGUGCGCGGCGGGCUGGUGCAGUCCCAGGUGAUGCUGGUGCGGGGGGCCAAGGACCCCGAGCCGGUGCAGUGCGAGUACCUGAUCGAGCUGUACGUGCCGGAGCUGUGCCCCGUGUUUGACGAGGGGGCGGGCGACGGCGGCGAGGAGGUGGUUGAGGAGGAGGGCGGCGUGGUGGUGAUCCUGGGGGAGGACGGGGCUCUCCCGCAGCGCGAGGGGGGUGCCGAGCCCGAGCAGGCGGCAGAAGCGGAGGAGGCAGAGGAUGUCAUGGACUCAACAGCAUGGGACGAGCUGUAG